AUGGAAGCUGCUUGGAACGGCAGCGAUACUAAUCGAUCUCCAACCUCGCCGAAUGACAAACGUCGCACCCCUCUCUCCCCGCACUCCCCCCUGAAACAAUCCACUGCUGGAGACACUGACGAAAUCAAGGACCGAAUCCGCUACUGCCUGCAGCGAGCCAGGAGUCGCAGGAGUCUAGGAAGUUUCGAAGCGGGCCUCUACCGCGUGGAAGGCUUAUUGGAAGACAAAAACCACGCCUCCGCCAGCAGCCACCUCCGCCAGAAGACCUCUCCCACCUCCAAGCAGCUUCCAUCGGGGCAUGCGGCAGCCUUGAUGCCGAAAUACAAAGACGCUGGCACCCUCACAGAUGUGUGUACUGGGGACAAUGUGGCUGAAGUGGAACUCAUAAGUCUGGUACAAGAGCAGAUCCCUCGUUAUAUCCUACGAGCUGACACUGUUACUGAAUUUUCUGGUUACGACAACGCUGACUGGGGUGUGAGCUUCCCUGCGCUGAAGGAGGAGGAAGCGGAGGCUCUGAGCCCUGAGCAGGCAGAGGGAGCCCUGGCCUACUUCGUGUUACGCGGGAACCGUGUGAGCCAGAUGACCAAGACCUACAAUGAUAUUGAUGCUGUGACCAGACUUCUCCAGGAGAAAGAAAAAGACUUGGAGCUUGCUGCCAAGAUCGGACAGCAACUUCUUGAACGCAACAAAACCCUAGAAGAACGUAAUGCACUGCUUGAUGCAGAGUUGUCUUCAGCUAGUGACAAAAUUACUCAACUUAAGCAUGAUCUGCAGAUGAAAACCGACCUGCUGCAGAUAUACACCAAUGACGUGGAUGAUACAAGCAGUUGUGAAACAACUCCAACUGGCCUUCGUCUGAUCAAUGUUGACAUCUUACAACAUCGAGUGAAAAACUUGAAGAUAGAUAGAAGCCUACGUCAGGAGGCCUCCCAGCUGGCCAAUGACACUAGUGAGUGUGAGGAUAAAGAGAAGGAGCUGGUCUCAGAUGUUAUUAAACAGAUUAGCGAUGCAAAUUUACAAAUCGGCCAGCUUAGUGAAGAACUUGCAAAGAAAGUGGAGGACUCCCUACGGCAGCAAGAAGAAAUCACGCAGCUCCUUGCCCAGGUGGUUGACCUUCUGUCCCAUAGCAAACGGUUAGCUAUGGAGAAUGAUGAACUGGCCAACAUGGUGGGAGUGGCCAGAGAUUGCCAACAAGAGCUAACAAUGGAGUUGGCUGAACUAAAGGAAAAGUAUGCAGAGGUGUUAGACCUAUUACACGAUACACAAGAUCAGCUGAGACGGGUUCAGAAGAAGAACUUGCCAGGAAAUCGUGGUCACCAUCUCGGCAGCAGUCUUUUCAGUUCUCCCUUCAACUCUGGGAAUGAUUCCAUCGCCAGUGAACUUCACUCCCUCAACUCUCUGGGUGAAGAAUUGGGAAAAAGUGGCAGCAGCAACAUGCGUCGCACAUUUGAUACCGUGCGUUUGACAGGCAAAUGUGCUGGCUCAGGAUCACAGGGUUCUCUCAGCUCCUUGGGAUAUGGAGGAUCAGUGCACUCCACGCCUACCCGCCAUUGA